CAUCCUAGCAGUCAUAGCCUGGACACUCCUGUGGCUCUACAUCAUUAAGACAGAAAGCAAAGAUGCGUUUUACUUUGCUGGGAUGUUUCGCAUCACCAACAUUGAGUUUCUUCCUGAAUAUCGACAAAAGGAGUCCCGGGAAUUUCUUUCCGUGGCACGGACUGUGCAGCAAGUGGUAAACCUGGUUUAUACCACAUCUGCCUUCUCCAAAUUUUAUGAGCAGUCUGUUGUUGCAGAUGUCAGCAGCAACAACAAAGGUGGUCUCCUCGUCCACUUUUGGAUUGUAUUUGUCAUGCCGCAUGCCAAAGGCCACAUCUUCUGUGAGGACUGCGUGGCGGCCAUCUUGAAGGACUCCAUCCAGACGAGCAUCAUAAACCGGACUUCAGUGGGGAGCUUGCAGGGUCUGGCUGUGGACAUGGACUCUGUGGUACUAAAUGCUGGACUUCGGUCGGAUUACUCUUCAACCAUAGGAUCCGACAAAGGCUGCUCUCAGUACAUCUAUGCGGAUCAUCUGUCCUUCCGCUACCCUCUGGAGAUUUCUGCAACCUCAGGGAGGCUGAUGUGUCACUUCAAGCUGGUGGCCAUCGUGGGCUAUCUCAUUCGUCUCUCAAUUGAGUCCAUCCAAAUUGAAGCCGACAACUGUGUCACCGACUCCCUGACCAUUUACGACUCCCUCUUGCCAAUCAGGAGCAGCAUCCUGUACAGAAUUUGUGAACCCACAAGAACAUUAAUAUCAUUUGUUUCUACAAAUAAUCUCAUGUUGGUAACAUUUAAAUGUCCUCGUGUAUGGAAGCUAUCAGGAAUCCGGGCAUAUUUUGAGGUCAUUCCAGAACAAAAGUGUGAAAACACAGUAUUGGUCAAAGAAAUCACUGGCUUUGAAGGGAAAAUUUCCAGUCCAUAUUACCCGAGCUACUAUCCUCCAAAAUGCAAGUGUACCUGGAAAUUUCAGACUCCCUUGUCAACUCUUGGCAUAGCACUGAAAUUCCAUAACUAUUCAAUAACUAAGAAGAGUGUGAAAGGCUGUGAGCAUGGAUGGUGGGAAAUUAACGAGCACAUGUACUGUGGCUCCUACAUGGAUCACCAGACGAUUUUCCGAGUGCCCAGCCCUCUGGUUCACGUUCAGCUGCAGUGCAGUUCCAGGCUUUCCGACAAGCCGCUUGUGGUGGAAUACGGCAGUUACAACAUCAGUCAACCCUGCCCUGUUGGAUCUUUCAGAUGCUCCUCCGGUUUGUGUGUCCCUCAGGCCCAGCGCUGUGACGGUGUAAACGACUGCUUUGAUGAAAGUGACGAACUUUUCUGUGUGAGCCUGAAGCCUGCCUGCAAUGCCAGCUCCUUCAGGCAGCACGGCCCUCUGGUCUGCGAUGGCGUCAGGGACUGUGAGAAUGGCCGGGACGAGCAGAACUGCACUCAAAGUAUUCCAUGCAACAACAGAACUUUUAAGUGUGGUAAUGACAUUUGCUUUAGGAAACAAAAUGCAAAAUGUGAUGGAACAGUGGAUUGUCCGGAUGGAAGUGACGAAGAAGGCUGCAGCUGCAGCAGGAGUUCCUCCACCCUUCACCGCAUCAUCGGGGGCACAGACACCCUGGAGGGGGCUUGGCCCUGGCAAGUCAGCCUCCACUUUGUUGGAUCUGCCUAUUGCGGAGCCUCAGUCAUCUCCAGGGAGUGGCUUCUCUCUGCGGCCCACUGUUUCCAUGGAAACAGGCUGUCAGACCCCACACCGUGGACUGCCCACCUCGGGAUGUAUGCGCAGGGAAAUGCCAAGUUUGUCUCCCCGGUGAGAAGAAUUGUGGUCCACGAGUACUAUAACAGUCAGACCUUUGACUAUGACAUUGCUUUGCUGCAGCUCAGUAUCGCCUGGCCUGAGGCCCUGAAGCAGCUCAUUCAGCCAAUAUGCAUUCCUCCUGCCAGCCAGAAAGUGCGCAGCGGGGAGAAGUGCUGGGUCACUGGCUGGGGGCGAAGGCACGAAGCAGAUAAUAAAGGCUCCCCUGUCCUGCAGCAAGCAGAGGUAGAGCUUAUUGACCAAACCCUCUGUGUUUCCACCUAUGGGAUCAUCACUUCGAGGAUGCUCUGUGCAGGUGUAAUGUCAGGCAAGAGAGAUGCCUGCAAAGGAGAUUCAGGUGGACCUUUAUCUUGCCGAAGAAAAAGUGAUGGAAGAUGGAUUUUGACUGGCAUUGUUAGCUGGGGCCAUGGAUGUGGAAGACCAAACUUUCCUGGGGUUUACACAAGGGUGUCAAAUUUUGUUCCUUGGAUUCAUAAAUAUGUCCCUUCUCUUCUGUAAUUGUACCAGCUGGAUUUUUAACUCUGAUUUGUUAAAAAUAGAGUCUUUAUAAAGAAUGCAAUA